AUGUUGGCCCUCCGCACUCUUCCCCUCUUAAUGGUCGUCUGUCUCUCCUCCAUUUCGUUUGUCGUUGCCGAGUCCCCUUUCCUCGGCUGUAUCACCCAUAUCUUCACUACAGUCAGCUCUCAAUCAUCUCAAACGUCAGCCGCUGCUUGUAUCACCAGAUGCGCGUCCAACACCUAUGCCUUAUACAUCACCAAAAGUUUCAACUACCCUACCAACAACUGUCUCUGUACUUCUGCCAACAUUGACCCCACCGACUACGACUACUCCACCACCACCACCUGUACUGCCGGUGCUGAAGCUGCUGUUUACCGUACAUCCUCCUCCUUCACUUUCAAAGGUUGCUCUAGCGGCACCGGCAUCAUUUCUUCCACUUCUGGGACUGUCGCCAGCCCUGCUGCUUGCUUCACCAAGUGUGCCGCCUACGCCAAUGCCUUCUAUACUCCCAACCUCUUUGGCAGUGGUUACACCUGUGCCUGUGGCUCUGGUACGCUCGCCACCAAUAGUAACACCUGCACCACUUCCAACUACUACACCUUCUCCCACACUGCCGCUGCUGCAGCUAGCGGCUUGGCCAAGAAGAAGCGAGACUUUGAGAAGCACGAGAGGAUGAGGAGGUCGCAGGUCAUCAGGGAGAGGGGAUGGGACUGUCCGAGGGGUAUGAAGGCUUGUAAUGUCAAGGGUGCUUCCGAUGCUUGGGAGUGCGUGGAUCCCGAGGCUGACCUCGAAAGCUGUGGUGGUUGUGCUCACGGUGACUACGUCAAGGGCGCUAACAGCACUGCUGCGACCGGUGUCGACUGCUCUUCUCUUCCCGGUCUUCUCCGCGGCUCCGUUACAUGUUCUAGCGGUUUUUGCCAAGCAUUUGCCUGCAAGAACGGCUGGACUCUCCAUAACGGCGCUUGCUCCAGGUCUCUUACCGUUCAACUGUAG